AUAAGUGUCAAAGUUAUGAUUUUAUUCGAAAUAAAUGCAAAACGAGAAUUAGAUCGAAUCUGCUACUCUUAAAUAACACUAGCAGUGGCUUUUGAAAGGGCAACUUUAUUGACACAGCCCUUGUGCACAGUGUUGUCCUUCAGCAUACCUCUCCAGAUAGUCUUCAUUCAAGCGUAUUCCUGGUGUAACUGGAAUAACCGUGCGUAAAGGGACACUACACCACUGUGGACCAUGGCGGCAAAGAUUUUGCCCGUAGUAAAAUUGGCCACCAAGGUGACCAUUGCAGGAGGGGCUCUCUACGUCGCCUACGACUCCGGUCUGUUAGGAACCAGUGAGCAGGGCUCCGAGGCCCUGGGAAAGGCCAAGGCUGCAAUACCCCCGGCCAUAGAGGAGUGGAUGAAGUACUUUGGCCUGGAGGCUCAGCUUCCAACCAUACCUAAAGUUGAAUUUUCUCCCGUUCAGGCGUGGAACUCUGGGGUGCGGAAAACAAUUUCAACUCUUUCAGAGGCUCCAACAAACGCAGUUGGAUACACAAAUCAGGGUUUGCAGUACAUGAAAGACCUGACGAAGUAAACAGGAAUUCAACCUGGACAACCAGACAUUUAUUAAUGUUUUUGAGUUUUGCACUUGAGAAAUUACUUCCUCAAAAGUUGUUUCGUCUCCCAGGAAAGAAGAAACUCCCAACAUAGAAGGAAAGAGUUCAGCUAUAAGGAGUGAAGACUGAAUGGGUACUGUGGUUCUCUAAAUGUCAGCGGCAUUGGUUUGGAGUUGUUUUGUACAUAAUGCUAGAAAGCAAAAUGUAUUUUAAAAACAAUUUCUUUUUUCAUUUUGUGUAUACCAUCCAAAUUAAUUUAGCUUAAUACUGUCUGAUAAUCAGUAUUUCACUCACCUUUGUUCUCAAACCCUCCAAGUAAUCUUAUGAAGACAAUGUCUGUAUGUUGUAUAUAAGCAAUUUCACCAUUUGUGUCAAAAAAUACAUCAAUCUUAAAACAA